AUGGCGGUGCAAGUGCAAGUGCAAGCGAGGUUUGGGGCAUGGAACAGAAAUGGCAUAGGAAUAGUACGGUGUUCGAGCGAGGGAGAAGAUAAACUGAAAGUGAAAGAGGCAGUUGUGUGGUCUCCGGCGAAGGAAUUGGCUGCGAAAUUUGAGCGGCGGCUUCUUGUGGGUAUAGGUUCGGCUUCACUUGUAGCUUUAGGUGCAAAUUUUGGUGGCAUCACAAGUUUUUUGUUAGGUUUGUCGCCAUUGAAUGGUCGUAAGCUGAAGCUAGACGUGCUUUAUCCCAUCGGCGGUUAUACCCGUUACAUUGAUACCAGGGAGGGAUUCGAAUUUAUAUACCCGAAGAAUUGGGUUGGAGAUCAGACACUACUGUAUCGAGCGGCUAAAAAAAGAGAAAUGGAACUAUCAUUGGAUCCUCCACCGCUGAAUUUUCGGCCACGUUCUAAUGUCACGGAACCAGUUGUUGCAUUUGGUCCCCCGGGUUCCAAUGGUGAACUCAAUCUUAGUGUUAUUGUUUCGCCAGUUGCUCAAGACUUCUUGAUUGAAGCAUUUGGAAGCCCUCGGGAGGUGGGGGAAGCUGUAAUUCGAACCAUAACAGGAUCAGGGCAGCGCCCGGACUUGAAGGGAACAUUGAUAGAAUCAAGUUUGAGAGAAGAUCCCGCUAAAAAUGCCAAAUACUAUGAGUUAGAAUUCAAAGUUGAGAGCCCCUCUUUCCGGCGACACAAUGUUUGUGUCUGCUGUGCACGUGCUGGUAGGCUUUUUACGUUAAAUGCCCAGGCACCUGAAUCAGCCUGGCCUGGGUUGAAGUCAGAUUUCUAUACAAUUGCUGAUUCGUUCAAUCUCACAAGUUAG